GCAAAUCGUCACGCGAUGGAAAUAAGGUCCAUCAAAUUAGAAAAUAAUUUAAACGAAAAUUGAUGAAAUUUUUUACCCGUUUUAAGUUCAAGAAUGAGAAGGCAUAGUGUGCUUUCAACAUUUACCGCACAUGAAAUUGUUUGAUCCGAUUAUCAUGACGGGAAUUGGGUUCUUCUAUUUCUUGUUUGGCCUUGUUUUUUCGGCAGAAGAAGUUAUUUUCAGCAGCAGAGGGGCACCUGAUUUCAAUCGUUGGUUUAGCUUUGGAAAGGACAUCGAGUAUCAUGUUGAUGGAAGUGGUGCACUGACGAAAGACUGCGUGGGACUUUUCACUGGAGACGAAAAGGGUUCUAUAUUUUCCCCUGUUAUUGAUAUUCAUCCUCAAUCAGACGUUGUGAUUUCGAUUGAAUUCAACAUUCAAUCAUGCAAAGAUUUAAAAACUGAAAAUCUUGAAGACAUUUUCAGCAUGUGCAGCCCUUUGCUGAAAUUAUAUUACAUUGAACUGAACGACAAUGAAGAUAUUUUUAUUGAUACUUCAGAAGCCAUCAGUGCUUUUGACCUAAUACGAUCUGACGGUUUAGUGGAUGAAGACAUAGAGUCGAGGUUUCAUCUUAUAGAUUCAUUAUCCGAUAAAUACGAUGACUUUGCAAUUUUCACGACAAGAAAUAUAACAGUUCCAGCCUUAUCAAAAAAAAUUCAGUUCAAAGUUGACGAUGAUGGCAGUUGUUUUGCCCUGAAAAAAUUUGACAUCACUCGUUAUUUUUGUCCCUCAUUUACCUUUGAGCUGCAGUACUUUCACAGAACAUACGCGGAGCUUAAGUCAACGGAAGCUACUGGAAAGUGCGUGCAAAAUUCGUCUUCCAAAACGGGGACAAAGUUGUCAUCUAUUUUGUGCGAUCAGCGCGGAAAUUGGGCAAAACAGUAUCAAGAUCUCUCAUCGUGUCAGUGCAACCCGGGAUUUGAACCCAAUGACAUCCUCAGUGAAUGCCAAACUUGUCGCAAAGGAUAUUUCAAAAAUAAUUUGGGAAAUGACAAUUGCAAAAUCUGUCCAAUUAAUUCCGCAAGUUUUUACCCUGGUGCUGAAAAGUGUCUUUGCGUCAGAGGUUAUCAACGACCCGAAGGUGAAGAUCCUGAAUCGAUGUGCUCAAAAGUUCUCACACUACCUGUACAGAAUAUCAAAGUGCUUGCUUUCGACACAUUUGUGAAGGUGCAGUGGAAUGAAGCCACCCCCGUUGACAAUCAAGGCCACACAGAAGGCGUUAUACAUGAAGUCAGUUGUUGGCUCACAUCACAGGCCAACAGCAUUCUAUCAACAGUUCGUGUGUACAAAUCUAGCUCAGCAAUUGUUACUGGAUUGAUUUCGGGUGAGCGGCACGAGUGUUCGGUUUCUUCUACAAAUCCAGUGACGAGAGAGCCUCCCAAAGAAUACACUGACCCGUUCAUCACGGAACACGCCAUUCUUCCCAAUUCUGGUCGAGCUAAGCAAGUCGGCGCAGAUCGUCUCUGGCAUAUCAACUGGAACGCACCAGACAAGCUAGUCGAACUACGACAAAAUGCCACUACUUUCGGAGAUGGAAUCACGCAAUAUGAUGUAAUCGGUUACGUAAUCGAGGCUACAGAAGCUGGAAGAGGUGCUAAUGUGCAACAGACACAGCGUGCAAUAGUGCAGAAUACGACGAAUGACCUUAAUGCACUGUUCCCGGUGUUCAAAAACCAGUUCGCGAAUGUUUCAUUCAAAAUCAGAGUUAUUCACCAGAUAGACAGUGUGCAAAUCAACAGCACAGACACUUUUAACAUCCCAAAACAAACUGCAGAUGCUGACAAUGGUGGGGGCACAGACAGAAAAGGAGGUGGGGGCAGUGGAGGGGGUCUGUGGGAGGGACUUCCUGCAGUGAUGGGGGUGCCAAGUGCAGUCAUCGCUCUCAUCGCUUCCCUACUCCUUCUAGUCAUCCUCAUCCUUCUAUUCUGCACCUUCUGCAUAUGCAUACACUGCAGGAAGUCUCGCAAGUCCAAAUACCUCAACGAAGGUGGCCAGAAUGGUUUCAUCCCCCCACCCGGCUCAGGAGGUCCCUUCCGCAGCAACCACGAGUCCAUAUAUCUGUCUCAACAGGGGGGCUGUGGCAUUGGGGGAAUGGGCACUGCACUUGGAUUACACCCCCACGGGGGUUACCACCAGCUGAACAACAACCCAAAUCUCACCUUAAGUACAAUACUAUCUCCCCACACAGCUCCAGGGGGCUAUCUGAUGCAAAUGGGCACACUAGCGGGAGCAGGCUCCUACGAUAACGAUAUUGAAAAUAAUUACGAUGAUCUGGACACUUUCCAAAGGGAGACAGGGGCUCCCACUAAUUUCAUCCAGAAUAACAUUCUGAAGAGCCAGUUGUCGUGUAAAGAACAGAUCGGGAAAGGAAACUUCUCGACUGUGCACCGUGCGAGGUACACUUACCAGGAGAGACAGGGGGGACCUUUGGGGAGUAUAGUGGUGGCUGUGAAGGAGCCAUCGGCCGCCUAUGCCAGUGAACUGCAGAGGGAGAUUGAGAUCAUGGCACACAUUCAACAUCCCAAUAUUGUCACCCUCAUUGGAAUUGUGCAACCGAUGGUUAGUGGGGAAGCACAGCAGAUAGUGAUGGAAUACAUGGAGUAUGGAUCUCUAGAGCAGUUCCUCCACUCUCACAGACACCUCACACAGACUGCCCAUUAUCAGGUGGAGGGUGGGGGCGGCGGGGGAUUCGAAGGGGGAGUGGGAUUGGGACCAGUGUCUUUAUUGUGUAUGUUGGGAGACGUGGCUGAUGCUAUGAAUUAUCUACACCUGAACAACUAUGUACACAGGGAUCUAGCCGCCCGUAAUGUGCUCGUGGGCCGUCAGAGGGCGUCCACUCCCUCCCCCACCCGACCGAAGGAGGCUCUCCCUGUCACCUGUAAGCUGUCUGACUUCGGACUCUGUCGCUCAGUUGACAACUCAGAGGGACUAGUCUACGAUUUCCUCAAUUCAGCCAAUCGACUCCUACCUGUGCGCUGGAUAGCACCCGAAGUGUUGGAGUACAAACUGGCCACGUUUGCGGGCGAUGUGUGGAGUUUUUCCAUUGUCACUUGGGAGGUGUUCAGCUAUGGCCAGAGACCCUACUGGAAGUGGGAUUCCGCCAAUAUCAUGAGUGCAGUUGAGGAUGGAUACCGACUGCCAGUGCCUCCCGCUUGUCCCCUGAGUGUCUAUGAGGAAAUCAUGAGUCCCUGCUGGAGGUCAGACCCCACCCAGAGACCCCUGUUCGCAGACAUUCUUCCUCGGAUCCAGGAGUUCCUGGAGAACUCGGAGGAAAUGCUAACGAAUAACUACCUCAAGCCAUCGAACUUCAACCCGUUCCACCAGGAGGCUAAGGAGUUGGUGAUCAACAGUGAGAACAGUGUGGAGAGGUGGCUGAAACUUCUCAAGAUGGAACAGCACUGGUCCAAGUUCAGAGACAGAGGCCUGCUCCAGUUGACCCAGCUGACUGGACUGAGUUACAUCCAGUUGAAGAAGGACCUGGAGAUCCAGUUGGUCGGCAAUAGGAGGAAGAUUAUCCAGUCUAUAGAGGUCAUCCGGGAACUGCAGAAUGCAAGCGCCAACUCAUCACACGCCGCCGACAACUCUAAAGUACAGCCUCCUAAGUGUCACCCAUCCAACCCAAACUCCCCUCAUCAACAUCAAAACAACCUCGCAAUCGGAAACAACAAUCAUCAUAGUCAAAAUCAUCAUAAUCAACAACAUUCACGCCAACCACCCAGUGGAAUCGACGAAAAUUUCCUCCCCCCUAGUGACAACAGACGAUCAGUCAUCAUGGGGGAGCAGCAACUUCAGAGUCAGGCAAAGGGGGGACAUCAAUGGGGAUUUUCGCAGCAACCGUUGAACUCCUUUGGUGAUGGGGGAGUUACGACGAACGGGAAUCAUGAAUACUCUUUGAAUAGCAGUCCUUCUUCUGAGCGACAUUCUGACUCGCAGCCGCCACCAAAUUGCAAUAACAACAACAGUAUCAAUAGCAGUAAACAACAACAAGCAAAGCGCAUUGCAAAUGGCAGUGGAAAAAACACGGAAACGGAAAUUUGAGGGGGAAAACUUUUGAGCUCGACAAUCGUUCUACAGAGAUGAAAAUAAAAACAAAAGACUAUUUUGAAAUUUUAUAAUUUAUUACUUUUACUACUGAUCUUGUAUUACCAUUGAUAGUCGACCGAUCUCUUUAGAGUUAA